CCGCGGAAGCCCGGCAGCCUGAGCGCUGACACGGGAGCAGGUUGCCCGCCGCUCGCUUCUCACCCUCCUCCUCCUCCUCCUCCUCCUCCUCCUCCUCCUCGUGCCGCAUGUCUCGCGGACAGAACCUCGAGUGAGACGACCAAAACACAAGACAAGAGUUUAUUUAUUUUCAUCUCGGCUGUACUCGUGUGCUCUCGGCGCCCCCCCCCACCCCCUCCGCCCACCCCCCCAAUCCCCCUUGACCAAUGGCUUCCAACUUUAACGACAUAGUGAAACAGGGAUACGUGAGGAUACGGAGUAAGAAACUGGGGAUCUUCCGAAGAUGUUGGCUUGUAUUCAAAAAGGCAUCCAGUAAAGGGCCACGGCGCUUGGAGAAGUAUCCUGACGAGAAGGCCGCCUACUUCAGGAGUUUUCACAAGAUCACUGAGCUCCAUAAUAUCAAGAACAUUAGCAGGAUGCCAAGAGAGACCAAGAAGCACGCUGUGGCCAUUAUCUUCUGUGACGACACAUCCAAGACAUUUGCCUGCGAAUCAGAGCUGGAUGCGGAGGAAUGGUGCAAACUGCUGAGUGUGGAGUGCCUGGGCAGCCGUCUCAACGACAUCAGCCUGGGCGAGCCAGAUUUGUUAGCAGCGGGGGUGCAGCGGGAACAGAACGAGCGUUUCAACGUGUACCUAAUGCCCACCCCGAACCUGGACAUCUACGGGGAGUGCACCAUGCAGAUCACCCAUGAGAACAUCUACCUGUGGGACAUCCACAACGCGCGCCUGAAACUCGUCAUGUGGCCUCUGAGCUCACUCCGCAGAUACGGCCGAGACUCCACCUGGUUCACAUUUGAGUCCGGAAGGAUGUGCGACACAGGCGAGGGCUUGUUCACGUUCCAGACACGAGAGGGAGAGAUGAUCUACCAGCGCGUCCACUCGGCCACUCUGGCCAUUGCACAGCAGCAUGAGAGGAUGAUGGAGGAAAUGGAGAAAAGCUGCCAGGUGCGCUCUUCAGAGACACUCAGCAAGUCCAUCUCGCUGCCCCGCAGCGCUUACUGGCAGCACAUCACGCGGCAGAACAGCGUGGGAGAUCUCUACAGUUACCAAGCGAGUAGCAUGCCGAUGACAUUUAUUCCUCGAGCGCAGACCUUCCCCAACUUCCUGUCCCACGAGCACCGACGGGAAGCGGAAGAGAAAGAGGAAGAAGGGAAGCGGUGUCAGGAAGAGGCGUCGUCGCCCUCUAGUGGCCGAGCGGCCUCUUGCAGCCUGAGGCCGCUUCAAUGACGACAGCGGACUUGACUGAGGACACUUGGAGCCGAGCUCCACUGUAGACACCACGUACAACUGUGUGUAUUUCUAUGGCGUCUCUUCCCGGUUUGUUUUGUAUGUUGUGUGACAGCAGAAGUAGCGUCUUAAACUAAAGGCACCAGACCAGAGUUUAUAUGAAUGUCCUUUUUUCAUUUUGGCAAAGUAGAGGCUCAAAUCAUCAUUCAAGCCACUUAUCCCUUUUUGUCGCUCUGCCUCCAUGACAUGUUAGGAUUUAUUUACUAUAAUGAUGACCAGUCUGUGACGACAUGAUACGACAUCGCGGUGAAACGUCCAGCGGAACACCUUAUUAAAGCUGACACAUCAGACUCAUUACACUAUAUUUACGAUAUACUAAUGCCCCAUUGUGACACUAUUAGCGAGGUAUUUAUUAUUGUGAUUGUAGUUUGGGUUGCAUCAUAUUCCCGGACCACCGACGAUUUACAUUUUCAAGAGAAAUAUUUGUUGCAUUAAUUUAGCCUUUUUCACCUAAACUGUGUUACUUAAAAUGUAUGCAUUUUUGUCGCCAUUUACAUUUUUAGUCGCCAUUUACUCAUAUUAUUUUUUACUCAUAUUUAUUUUUAGUCGCCAUUUACUCAUAAAAUGUGUCAUUAAUGUAUAAUAAAUACAAAUAUGAAUAAAAUACUUUCGAAUUAAUCAAAAUUAAGAAUUAUUUUAUUAUUAAAAUAAAAAUGUGAAGUCUUAAAUAUUUUAGAAUCGAUUGUAACUUUGUUUUUCUUUUCCAAUCAGCAUGAAGUUUGCCUACCCCUAUUCAAAGUUAUUUUAGCCGCCACUUAUGAGAAACGCUAAUUAGAAAUAUUAAAAACACGACUGGAAAUGUUUUUUUCCUCCCUUAUAUAAUUUCAAUUUUAAAAUCUUACUAAUGAUAAUAUAAAAUGUUCCAGUAUAAGUUUAGCUUUUUGCUCAGGCACUAGGGAGCAAUUUGAAAAAAAACAACAACAACUUCUGUUGAGUUAGACUUGUUCCCUAAUUAAAACUAAAAUUGGCAUGCUGAUUCCAAAAUUGCAGUCAGUUUUUUUUCUAGUACGUCAAGCAAAAUCCCACUGAUUAGCUGAAGUAAGACUUGCCAUGUGAUUACAAUUGGACUCAUCUACAGCUACGUGACAACUUGUUCGUGCAGUCACAAUUGAGAUUGCGGGGAGAGGUGUGUGCAGCUCAUAAUAGGUCAGUACUCUCUAUCUGCAAACAGAAAGCUAGCAUAGUAGGAAUCAAGAGGAUCUGUGCUGGCUUUUCUCUUAAUCUUGUAACCAUGCGCAUACCGUUGUAAGUUCUAUUUCAUUUUAUGCUGUUUUUGUUUUUUUUUUAGUUUUCAAAGCUUGUAACUAUCUCAUCUUAGUGUUUUAUCUACAUAGGUAUGUAUUUCCUUUAUUCUCACUUUGUUCAAAAACUUGAUGUGGUAGAGAAAAACUGAGUAUUGGAUUCCACACCCAGAAAUGAGUUAAAACAGCUGUCGGACCUACCUCAACAAAAAUUGUGUUCCCCAGUGGAUAUGACAUUAAUUAACAAGAUGUAGAUUUAGUCUUUUUUUUUUUUUUUUCAUCUUGCAGUUUUGUUGACAUUUUUUUCCCCAAAGGAUAUGGAAAAAAAACAACUACCAAUAAUGGUAGAAAUGCAACACAAUACAAAUUUAUCUUGAUGAGGCAGCCUAGUAAAAUCACAACAGAAAAUGUAAAAUGAAAUUGUCCGACGCCGUUUACAGGAAUGUUAUUGAUUUUAGCACCCCCCCCCCCCCUUCCAUUUUCUGUGCUCAUGUGAGAAGUGCCUUCUGACCCACUGAGACCUCUUGUAAACGUCUUGUGUUUUGUUUUAGUGUACACGAAAAUUAGCGCUGUCUGGCCUAUAACGUACCUGCUGGCACAUUCAUAUCUUUAGUGCAAAAUCCAGAAAUGAUGACAUCAUGACAAGAUUUUCAGUCCUUUGCUGGCAAUUUAUUUGAAUGUUAUUAUUUAGUUUGUGUAGACACAAAGCCUGUAGGACUUGAUAGAAAUGUACAAGCACUUAAUUAUGCCGCAGUUCCCACCCCAUGUGUCACUUUAUUGUGUGUGUGUGUUUUAUUUAAGAAAAUCUAUAGAUGUCAUGUUUGUUUUGUGUGGUCAGAAUACAUCAAUAGCACUUUCAUUAUGUUGCAGUUUUCACUCAAUGUAAAUAUGUUUUUUGACAACAGAGGUAAUAAACUUGAAUGUUCUCU